GUGAAAAGGUUUGUUAGUGGGCGCGGCCCGUGUUUGUAACGUCGCCUUGGGCCAAUGAGGGGCGUGAGGGGGCGUAUCCUGCCACACGGGGUGGGAGAGCGACAGAUGCGUGAUCUGGACAGACACCCGCCCAGCUAUGUCUUCCCCUGAAAUUGCCUCUCUGUCAUGGGGACGGAUGACGGUGAGAGGCUGCCCCACAACCUAUAAAGAUUGUAAAGUAUGGCCCGGUGGCAGCCGAACGUGGGACUGGAGAGAAACGGGCACGGAACAUGUACCUGGGGUUCAGCCUGCCGAUGUCAAAGAAGUUCUGGAAAAGGGUGUCAAGACAUUAGUGAUCGGCCGCGGCAUGAGCGAGGCCUUGCAGGUAGGUUUCCUCAGGUGAGCUGAGCCCUUGGAAGA